AUGGGAAAUGGCCAAGCCUGCAGACAAGCACAGCGUUUCCGCCCCCUCCAUGUCAUCAAAAGGUUCCCGUGCUUGUUCACCAGCAAUGCAGACAUUCGGCUAGCCUCCGCUCAGUCCUACCCUACAAUCUCGGGAAACUUCGUAGCGUCUCCAAAGCCUUUCCUGGGGGCAAAAACCAUGACCAUCUGCCCGCCGCUGACGGGUUAUCUGUCUCUCAACCCAUCCCGUCUGAAUGAGGCCAAAUCUGACAUCGCAGCAUUGCCUAAAGCGUGA